GGGAGAACCCCCCUCCCGCGACCAAGGAGGGGCGUGGCCUCCCUCUAGGGGGCGGGGCCAUAGCCCCCCUCCCCUCCCUCCGCCCGAGCCUCCGGCAGAGCCGGCCGGGCGCCAGGAGAGCGCUAUGGCCGGGGAGCGCGCCCUGCUAGCGGCUCGCCAGGGCGACCUGGAGGCGCUGAGGGCGCUGCUGCCUCCUCCCGCCGAUCGGGGGGUCCCGCUGCUGCCCCCCGACGCCCUCCGGGACCCUCUGGGCGCCUCGCCGGUGCACCACGCCGCCCGCGCCGGGAAGCUGCGCUGCUUGCGCUACCUGGUGGAGGAUGCCGCGCUAGGCGCGCAGGACCGGGCGCGCAACGGGGCCACCCCGGCCCACGAUGCCGCCGCCACGGGCCACCUGGCCUGCCUGCAGUGGCUGCUCGGCCCCGGCGGCUGCCGCGUCCAGGACAUGGAUAAUUCGGGCGCCACCGUCUUGCACCUAGCCGCCCGCUUCGGCCACCGUGAUGUCACCGAGUGGCUCCUGCAUUUCGGGGGCUGCGACCCCCUGGUGCCCACCGAGACGGGCGCCUUGCCCAUCCACUAUGCUGCCACAAAAGGAGAUUUCCCUUCUCUGCACCUGAUCCUCGGACACUCUCCCGGUUCGGUCAACGCCCAAACCAAGAACGGUGCCACCCCCCUUUAUUUAGCCUGCCAAGAGGGUCACUUGGAGAUUGUCCAGUACCUGGUCAAGGAGGGCGGGGCUGACCCUCACCUACGCGCCAACGACGGGAUGACGCCCCUCCACGCCGCGGCUCAGAUGGGCCACAACACUGUCAUUGUGUGGCUGAUGAGCUUCACAGAUGUCAACCUGUCGGAGCAAGAUGAGGAGGGGGCCACGCCGAUGCAUUUCGCGGCCAGCCGGGGCCAUGCCAAAGUCCUGAGUUGGCUGCUCUUACACGGAGGGGAGAUUGCGGUGGACAAGUGGGGAAGCACCCCCCUGCACGACGCCGCAGAGAACGGGGAGCUGGAGUGCUGUCAGAUCCUCGUGGUGAACGGCGUCGACCUCAGCCAGCGUGACCAGGACGGCUAUACGGCCGCAGAUCUUGCUGAUUACAACGGCCACUUGCAGUGCGCCAAGUACCUGCGGACAGUGGAAAACAUGAAAAAUAAUUAUCGCCACAAUUUAAAAAAAACACCGGUCUUCCGCAGAAGCUGGGCGAAAGCCACCGAUGCGCUGGUCACGUACAAUGACCUCGUGAGCGUGGAGCACCGGGUGCUGUCCCGAGACCCCUCAGCCGACACGGAACUCAAACAGCCGGAUUCUGGCCUCUCCUCACCCCACACCACCGUCUCGGCCCCCCAGACCCACUUCGACAUGGGGUCCCCGAGCAGCAUCUUCUCCAACUACGAUUCCUCGCACUCGAGUCAGUCCAGCACAGGAGAGAAGAGGAAUUACACAGGGCCACGGAUCCCCGAAACGGCACUCACCGAUAUGCAGACCUAUAUGGACAUGCUAAAUCCAGAGCUGGCCCCGGGUCCCGCAAAGACGGGGGGGCAAACCUCUCUACCCCCACCUCCAAAUUUCCCGGCCCCUUCUCCCCCCUCCCACCCCAAGACUCUCCCCCCACCCCCUGGCUACCCGGCCCCAAACCCCCCCGAAAGGCCUCACACCGCCGAGAUUUACGUACAAGCGAAAAAUAACCUUCGGCACGUGGACAGUGAAACCCUCAAAGAACAGCUCACCUGCCAGCAGCAGCUGCAACGGACCGACUCCAGCAGGCGAUCCAGAAGAUUCAGCAAGCAGCCGAGCACGGGGGAUUACUACAAGCGUCUGGAGAGCGGAGGAGGCACAGAGCAAAGCAGGAGAACAUCCAGGAUGGCCCACAGCGAGGAGGCUUCGCUUCUCUCCAGCGAGAAAGUGCAAAACGGAAGCGGGGCGGAGAAGACCCCAAGCGGAGGGGCCCCUCCCCCACCUCCCCCACUGCCUGAGGGGGGCUGCUCCCCGCCUCCCCCUCCUCCCCUGCCUGCGGAGUACACCCCCCCCUCAACCGGCCAGCGAAUGUCCUCCUCUUCCACUGGAAGCACCAAAUCUUUUAACAUGAUGUCCCCAACGGGCGAUAAUUUGGAGCUGCUGGCUGAAAUCAAGGCUGGGAAGAGUCUGAAGCCCACCCCCCAAAGCAAGGGGUUCACCACCGUCUUCUCUGGCUGUGGCCAAGCUGGAGGCAGCGUGGACUUCCCUACGACUUCCUCAUCCCCUGCGGGGACGCCAACACCCCCGUCUACUCCCGAGGAAGCCUCCGGAUCCAGAGCUUCCGGCUCACCCAAGCCGGAGAUCAAUGGUUCCAUGACACUCUUCGGGACCUCAACCGGCCACACGGACCUGGAGGGUCUGAUCCCCACGCAUGACGAGCAGGGGAGACCCAUCCCAGAGUGGAAACGACAGGUGAUGUUGCGCAAGCUGCAGAUGAAGGUUCAGGAAGAAGAAGAGCAGAGACGCAAGCUACGAUCUGGGAAUUGCUACCCCCAGGAAGGCUGGCGGUACUCCCAUGCCCACAAUGCCAUUUUGGGACCUUUCGGGGAACUGAUGACCGAAGAUGACAUCCUUUGUAUCGAGAAGCAGAUCCAGAACCUUCAAGUCGUGCACAAGGUGCAAAAAGUCGAGACCGAACUGGAACAGCUGGAACAGGAACUGCAGCAGCUGUUGCCCGUCUCGGCUGCCUUGGCGAAGGAACACUUCACCGUCAACCCCAAGUGCAUGCACGGCCAGGCGGAGGACCUCCCUGGUUGGUGCAACAAGAUCUCCAUUCUCCUGAAAAGCAUGUCCAUCCUACUGGCCACGCUGGGUGGCAAAGCCACCAGUCUGGCUGAAAUGGUAACCUCCGAAGCAUUGGCGCAGAAGGGCAAGGAGGGCCAGGUGCUCCCUUCAGCAGCACCCGUGUUCAAAGAUGGCCCAAGCCACGUAGCCCGUUCUCAGUCCUUCAGCUGCACCAGGGAGGAGGUGGAGAAGGAGAUCAUGCAGUGGGGGGUGUCGGUGAAGAAUCUGAAGGCCAACUAUGAGGUCCACCUGCAGGCGCAGCUGAUCAGCGAAGCGACCAACCGGGUGUAUAGAAGGAAGCGUUCCCUGCCAGUGGGAACAACCCAGUUCACUCUUGGCCGCGAGCCCAUUUUGGAAGAAGACUACAUCGUGGACCUUCAGCCGUUCACUCUCCUAGAAGACGAGGAGGCCUCUGUCGAUGGUCUGGAACCCCCUAUUCAGCUGUCGCAUGCACCUCUCCUGUAUGAGAAGGGACCCAGCCCGUUCUCCACAGGGGACUCUUUCGCAGACACCAUGUUCAGCCCAGACCACAUGACGAGGAGCCUCCCGGUGCAGACGGAGCUGAGUUGCAUCCAAGACUACAUCGACCUGAGAAAGGAGCGGAUUGUCUACCUUUUCCUGGAGCACUGGAAGAGGUGGACCUUCACCGAUUCAGGCAGGCAGGUUCAGCCAAGGAGAAGGGUGGAAAUGUCAGGUCCCAACUUGGAGGAAGACCACCAAGUAUACAACAGGCCUGUGUUGACGGUCACAGGGCCAAAACCCAGCGAGGACCACCAGCUCUUGUACUUCAUGAAGCAGCGUCAAGUGGUGGGCAAACUGCUCACCCACUGGAGAAGCAUCAUCAGCCAGGUUCCCACCAGACAAAUACGCCGCCUGAGCCAUAUUAACAUUUUCUACUGGCCCGAACAUUUUUUGCCACACGUCGAUGGCUCACCGGUGGACUACAAUAGCCUCACCUUGGACCUCUUCAUGCUGGGUUACUUCCAGCUGCUGGAGAUGGACAUGAGCCACGAGGAGCGCAAGUUUCGCCAUCUGCUCUGCUACGAGAUGUUUGACCAUCUGGGCAGCCACAGCUGGGACCUCAUCCGCCACUUUCACCAAGUGGUGAUGGAGGAAGUGGAGACCGGGAAGCGGGAUUGGCUGGAUGGCUUUGAGGACCUCAAGCAGAGGUUCUUCAGAGAUAAUCUGGUGGUGGACCAUGGGACCACACCCAGUGUGGAUGGCCCGGCCGAAACUCUACAUUCUCCCCCUAUUCUCUCCCACCAGGAAUCCUCUCAGUCUUUGAUCAGUAGCAGCCAAGAGCCCAUAUCCGUUGAAGACGAGCUAGCUGUUGUCCCAGCUCUAAAGAGUCGGAAGAACUCGAUCCAGCUCGUUUCAGAACUCGGAGAAUUUAGCAACGAUGACAUUUGCCGCUAUAUAGACCGCAGCUUCUCAUUUUGGAAAGAGAAGGAGGCUGAGAUGUUUGACAUCUGAGGGUCCAGCUUCCUGGGUGGUUGGAGAAGAUCUUUGCAGAAGAUAGCUUCUCAAACACGGAUCUGUUCAAUAUAGAACCGAUCUUUCACCAAUCCAGAAGGUGACAUUGAUUACACUCUCAAGUAACAUGGAUAAGAUGGUGAGGUGCUCCUAGCUGGGACUCUUGAUGGACCAAAUGAAUGGAUCACAGUUGAGUUCCUUCAAGAGCUGCUGCCCCUGAUUCUGAGGUCAACAAGGAACACUGCUACAGUUCCGAGGUUCAGACAGAGUUACAGCUCUGUCUGAACACCCUAUUCACCUUUGUGAUGUGCUCCUUGCUUACAAAGUGUCCACGACAGCUACACAUCCAGGUGGAACUCGUGGGGGACCUCUGUGCAAGUGGGGAAAAAAACUAAUCCACUUUGCUACCCAACUUUUGAGUAGAAGAAAAAACAAAUAGAAGUUGUACUGUACAAGGACACAUAGUCAUUUAUAGGGUGUAUGAUUUGGGGAAUCAAGAAAGUUUGAUGCACAUAAAGGCACAGCCAGAUGGGAAGGGGGUUUAGGAGCAGACCAAAUCCCAUAUCUGCCUUAUUUUUUUUUAAAAAAAAUCCAUUUAUGCCAGAUGUGCAACACACUCAGUCCACAACAAAGGAGUGCCCAUCAUAGCUUAGCAUGUUGUGCAGAUUCAAGACAUUGUAAUUAAUUUAUACUCCUUACAGUGUAUAUAGACAAAUGUCCACAGGGUAGGAAAGUAAAACCUUGUGCAUUGUGACACCAAAUGACAUCGGUGCCUCAUCCGUGUUGUUUGCAUGACGAAGUGCUACAUGCAAUGUCAUUCAGUUGUCAACGUAGUAUCUACCAAGUGAUUUUGCAUCGAAUAGAGCGGACUUAAGAGUUGAUGGUCUGCAAAUAUAAUUAAUUUCAGAAAUACUGAUUAUAUUUCCCAGAAUUAAUUCAUCAGUUCUCCCCCCUACCCCCCAGAGAAGGGUGAUAGGAUUCUAAAACAAUUUACUUUGGGACAAUUUGAAUGCAAAAAGACAAAUUAACAACUUUUUGUCCUUGAGUGUGAUUAGUUGGUGUGAUCUAUCCUGGCAGAGAUGUGAUGGUUUCUUUUUUGUGUGUUGUGAUGCUAAUUAUUUUGUUCUUGUUCUCAUCACUUACUGCUAAACGUAGGGGCAACCACCUCAAUUAGAUUGGAGAGCUUGCUUCAUUUUGAUCGAAAGUUGCUUGUUUCCCCCACCCCCCAGGUUUGUCAGAAGAAAUAAAAUCUGUUGUGUAUAAAGAAUUGGGCAUCUUUUGUCAUUGCAGAGAGAGAGAGACAUACAGAGAACUAAAAUGAGUCAGGAUGUUCUCAUUUCUACUCUCUGGGUUUGUUUAGACUUUAAAAAACUUUAUCCUAGCCUCCGUUCAACAAUUGAAGAGCCAGACACUGUAUAAAAAAAGAAUCCAAAUAACUAAAUGACAGUGACUUUCAAAAAAGGCUGAAACAAUACCAGCGAAUUUUAGUGGCACCGUUUCCCAACAUUUUAAAGAUCUUUUUAUUUAAGGAUAGAAAGUGAAUGAAUUAAAAAAAAACAUACCUUAUGGCAUGUGUCUAACCUUGAACCUCGGUGAAAUUGUUAGCUUUAUGUCCAGUGGGAAUUUUAAUUUAAUUUACGAUUGAAUUGGAUCGUUGCCCAACAAAAACAAGCUACCCAACAUUUGAAGUUUUGUUUUGUUUUUUUAACUGAAAGAAGUCCAACUUGCUUUAAAACAGUGUUUUACAACGUUGGCGAUUUUAAGAAGUCUGGAUAUUUAUCCAGCUAUGGAUAAAUACGACUUUAGGACCUUCUGUGUGGCUUCUUUUAACAGAAGCACACAAAAAAACAUGGUUAUAUGUUUUGAUGUAUUGCUGAAAAUGUUUGACCAGAGACUUGCAGGAAAUUAGCUCUUGAAUUUCUCUGGUGCAAUAGUUUGGUAUUUGCUAAUUCAGCACGAUUUUAUACAGCAUUACUACCACAAAUAUGGAGAAUUUUCCAUCCUACUGUAAUGGCGUUCAAUAUUUCCUUUUGACAUUUCCGCCGCCGCCCUUUGAUCUAAAGUAAAUUGCAGGUUUACAAUCAGGAAGCGUAGCACAAAAGGAAAAAUGGAUGAGGAGGGAAGAGGAAAGGGCAGCCAGUUCUAGACGCCAGAUCCUCAUGCUUCAAUAAACAGACCUUGUUGGUGCUGAACAAUGGAGUAGUUCAGGGAGAGAAAGAGCUGUGUGCGGAUAACGUGCUUCCGUUAAGUAAUCUUACAGUAAGAUAGAGCUUCUAGUCCUGGGUUUGCUUCCUAUCUGGACUACCUCACAAGGCUGACCUCGGUCUGCAAGUACGUGUCUCCAAGGGACGGUCCCAUCUGAGAUGCUUCCCAGGCCCCUUUUCCUUCUGUGGGCUUGGCUGCCUCUUAUCUGAUUAUUGUCUAGUCUGUGUCUCUUCCUCCUGUCUCCCAAGGCCAUUUCCAUCCUCCCUCUUUCCUCAACACCUUCCUACUUGGCAGGUGUUGAUUCUUCUUCCUUUCUUCGCCUUU